AUGGAGACCUCUCGUCGAAGUCAACAUCAUAGUUGCGACCCGUGUCGGAAAGGCAAGAGGGGCUGUGAUGCUCCAAAAAAUCGAAAGGAGAGCGGAUUCAGCUCCUGCUCCAACUGCAAGAAAUGGAAGAAGGAAUGCACCUUCAAUUUUCUUUCGUCGAAGCGUGUAGAAGCUAAGCGAGACCACCGCAAAGCAAAAGCUACCACUGCAGCUCCAGCUACGGCUACCCCUCAGAGCUGCGAGGGCCCUCAAAAUAAUCUCAACUCCCAUGGCGAUGUCCUGGAUGAUCUAUUGCUUUCUUCGCAAUGGUAUCCAGUCAACUCUGGAGGCUUGUUUACUCCUCCCUCGACCACAACCCGUACCUCAUUCUCUCCUCCUUCCCUAAAUUUGGGUGGUAGCAUUAUCGAAGAUAUUGGAAGCCAGUCGGAUGGCGAUGAUCAGUUUGAGUUCCCUUCGUGGAAUACGAAUGCCCCAGAAGAGCUUUGGUUACCGGCGACGUCCACUCAGGAGUUUGGAAAACCGUUCAGCGAACUAUCACCCAGAUCGCUCGAGAAUGCCUUCGAUACGAUCCCGCCUUUUCAAGAAAAUAGUCUUGGGAUGAGCACGCUUGAUCCAUCGGCUCUUGACAUCAUCGUCCCGGGGUAUAGAGAUAGCACAUGGCAAGGUCCAGGAUACAAACCCAACAAGAGGCCAAAAUCCAAAUUCGAGUGCCACUUCUGCAUUGCCUCGAACAAUACAGCCGCUGAAUACGCUCGAUCUACAAUGACACGGAACUUGAUUCGAAUCUAUCACGAUAGCCUGGAAAAUGCACUAUCGUGCUGGUUGACGGAGCAUAAUUGUCCUUACAGCGACCCAUUGACUGACGUGCUUCCUUAUAAAAAAAGUAGCGAGUGGGGCUCAAACUGGUCUAACAGAAUGUGCAUCCGAGUAUGUCGACUAGAUCGUGCAUCUUCUGGAGUGCGCGGACGGAGUUUGAGCGCAGAUGAGGACAAAGCCGCAGCGCGGGCACUUCACCUAGCGAUCAUCGCAUUUGCCUCACAGUGGACUCAACAUGCGCAGAAGGGUUCGAAUCUCAAUGUCCCGCCGGAGAUUGCUCGUGACGAACGGGCGAUCCGUGAAAAUGUUUGGAACCAGGCUCGUCACGCUUUGGAGCACACGACCGGCAUUCCUUCAUUUCGUAUCAUCUUCGCGAAUAUCAUUUUCUCCCUGACUCAAUGUCCAUUGGACGACGACGAAGACGAGCGUCUGGGCCAACUCCUGGAGAAUGACGUCGCGCCAAUGUUCCUCGAACAUGCCAACCGUCAAUUAUUCACUUUUCGACACAAGUUGAUAAGGCUCCAGCGAGAGGCACCUUCUAACGCGAGGGAGCUUCGAAGGGGAUCUGUAGGAUCGACGUUGACAGAUAUGUCGGAAAUACCCAAGUUUUCAUACUCUGCACAAGCCGAUCCUACACUCACCAGUGAUGAAUACCGUACCACGCUUAGCCUUCUGUUCUGGCUAGGAGUCAUGUUCGAUACACUCAGUGCUGCCAUGUACCAGCGCCCGCUAGUCGUGUCUGACGAGGACAGUCAAAUAACCUCGACCAACACACCCGCAUCCGAUCUCGAAGACCAGGUCGAUCUGAACGGGUGGAACCUCCCACGAAACGAGAUCCAAAAGAAACAGGAUGUAUGGGGGGAUCUCUUCCUGCGGCAAGCUUUCAGCCAAGAACAGCCUCGAUGGCCCUGCUCCUACGAAGAAGCCGCCUCCGUACUCUCAGAAGCAACGCCCGUCAAAGUCCUCCUCUACCGCCGCGUCACCCAGCUUCAAACCCUGGUGUAUAGAGGCGCCGGGCCGAAACGUCUGGAGCACGUCAUCAAGGAGACUCUCCUAGUCUAUCACCACUGGAACAACACCUAUCAGCGAUUCAUGCUGGACUGCGUCGCGAAUCACGAGCUCCUACCACCACGGAUCCAGUCUUGGUACGUCAUUCUCGACGGACACUGGCAUCUGGCCGCAAUGCUUCUAGCAGACGUGCUGGAAACGGUUGAUCGGGGACGACUCGGCUCGGACGUCGAGCGUGAAUCUCGACUCUCUACCAAUUUGAUCACGAAGUUGAGAAGGGAGAAUGCGUUUGCAGUCGGUGCGCUCGCUCGCUCGUCACUUCGUGGGAAAGAGUCUAUCGUUCGGGGGGAUUUCCACGAUUCGCUCACCGAGGUUGCCUUUCUCACUGAGCCGUGGACGGUUGUUUUGAUUCAUUCCUUUGCCAAGGCGGGGUACAUUUCUUUGGAAGGGCUGGAUACCUCUGUUGAGCAGGAUUCGUUGUUCGAGUGUUUCCGGCAGAAUUGUGAGUUUUGCGUUUCGGCUCUUCAGUAUCUUGGGAGGAAGUCUGAUAUGGCUAUGCUGGUUGCUCGAGAUUUGACGAGAAACCUCAAUGUCAAGUAUAAUCGGCGAUUGUUUGUAGUAUAA